AUGACUCCUCCCGCUUACAACAAGGAAACCAGGGCCAGUGAUCUGGUGCCCUUUUACGCUCCCUACAUCGCCGGAAAGAUCAUCCUCAUCACGGGGGUCUCCCCAGGCAGCAUUGGCGAGUCUUUCGUCAAACAAGUCGCCGUCGCCAAACCAGCCAUGUUCAUCCUUGCCGGCCGCUCACCUGCCAAAUUCCAAGGAUUGGUCAACGAUCUUGCUGCGACGAAUCUCGAGCUCAAAGUAAAGUCAUUAGCCCUCGACCUCAUGUCCUUCGCCAACGUCCGCAAUUCUGCCGAGACAGUCAAGUCGUGGACUGAUGUGCCGUACAUCGACCUCCUCGUCAACAACGCCGGCAUCAUGGCCGGGCAGUACAAGCUCACAGAAGACGGCUUCGAGAGCCAGUUCCAGACGAAUCAUCUCGGCCAUUUCCUCUUUACGAACCUCAUUAUGCCCAAAGUCCUCGCCUCCGCGUCGCCUCGCAUCGUCAACGUCAGUAGCGCGGGCCACAGGUUCCACCACAUACGCUGGACAGACUACAACUUCAACGAAGGGAAGCACUACGAGAAGUGGCUGGCGUACGGGCAGUCAAAGACGGCGAAUAGCCUCUUCUCCGUCGGCCUCGCUGAGAGGCUGGGCUCUGCCAAUGGUCUGACAGCCUUCAGUCUGUGCCCAGGGUACGUCCCCACGAACCUCGCCGCGCACGAGGCGCACGACUUCCCCGCGUUCCUGGAGAGCCUGCGCAAGGCGGACGUGCUUGCGGGGUCGAAGUGGAUGUGGGGGAUGGAAGACAUAAAGCCCAAGGACCUCGACCAGGGUGCGUCGACGCAUGUGUUUACGGCGUUUGCGCCGGAGCUGAAGGAGAAGAAUGGGGAAUAUCUGACGAAUUGCCAGAUCGCGGACCCAUGGAAGGAGGAGGUGUUUCCCUGGGCAAGGAGUAAGGUUGAUGCAGACAUGCUAUGGGCUUUGAGCGAGAAACUCGUCGGGCAGGAGUUUAGAUAUUGA